GACAUCGGGAGGUUGUGGAGGUAUUAUUACAGAACAAGGCAAAUAUGGAUGAGAAAGAUAAGGGAGGCGGCAAACCUCUACAUAGUGCAGCCUUUGAGGGGCAUAGGGAUGUUGUGGAGGUGUUAUUACAGAACAAGGCAAAUGUGAAUGAGAAACGUAAUGAUGGCAACACACCUCUACAUCUUGCAGCCUACCAGGGACAUAGGGAGGUUGUGGAGGUGUUAUUACAGAACAAGGCAAAUGUGAAUGAGAAACGUAAUGAUGGCCACACACCUAUACAUCUUGCAGCCUACCAGGGACAUAGGGAGGUUGUGGAGGUGUUAUUACAGAACAAGGCAAAGGUGAAUGACGAACGUGAUGGUGGCCGCACACCUCUACACGAUUCAGCCUACCAGGGACAUAGGGAGGUUGUGGAGGUGUUAUUACAGAACAAGGCAAAUGUGCAUGAGAAAGAUAAUGGUGGCAACACACCUCUACAUGAUGCAGCCUUUGAGGGACAUAGGGAGGUUGUGGAGGUGUUAUUACAGAACAAGGCAAAUGUGGAUGAGAAGGAUAAGGAAGGUCGCACACCUCUACAUAGUGCAGCCUUUGAGGGACAUAGGGAGGUUGUGGAUGUGUUAUUACAGAACAAUGCAAAUGUGCAUGAGAAAGAUAAGGAAGGCCGCACACCUCUACAUCAUGCAGCCUACCGGGGACAUAGGGAUGUUGUGGAGGUAUUAUUACAGAACAAGGCAAAUGUGGAUGAGAAGGAUAAGGAAGGUCGCACACCUCUACAUCAUGCAGCCUUUGAGGGACAUAGGGAGGUUGUGGAGGGUGACAACCGAUGGCCAGUUUCUUAA